AUGGAUCCCGAUGACUGGUUACAGAGCCCCCAACCGCCCACGGGUUCGAAGCGACCCAGUCCCUCUCCGUCUACUGGGGAAGACAGGGAAACCAAGAAACAACGCACACAGCACUGUGACAACGAAGAUGCAAAUCGCGAACUCCCGAGUCGUGAGAUGCCGUAUCGCCCGGUCGACUUCGGGGAAGACGGCGAGGUCUACAGCAACGAAUCCAGGGCUGCUUUCAGCGUCAACGUUGCUUAUAGAGACCAAUUUGCUAUUUCUCUUGCCGAUAAUGAUGGAGGCGUCAGCAGCUUCAACAACGAUAUUGCAUGUGGCUACCCGAAUACAGAACACGAAAACGAGUCCUUGUGGGACGUCUCAACGCAGAAAGCGUUUCAAGGCCAUGAGGGCCAUGAGGGCCAUGUUGGCACCAUUGCUAGCAGUGAGAUUGGUUACUCAACCGACUCGGCGACCUUGGUGCAGCCCAGCAAACGCACUGGUGCCAAAGAUUACCUCUUCAAAAUCGAAGAGCCCAAUAGUACCGGUUUGGCAUCUUCUUACAACGAUGUCAACAAUGCGCCAUUGCAGGGUUCGGCCAUGCAAAUCCAGGACGAAUCUUGCGAUAUUUGCUGUGACUACGAUACUUGUUUCGGUGUCCUGAUGGCAACUCCCACAUCUUCUUUCACCCCGGAAGAUGGAACUCAUACUGUACCUGUCAAACUCAAGGCAUUCGGAGACAUCUUCAUGCUUCAGACUCAGACGUCUUGUGCACACGCUGGCAUCCUCAGUGACUCCAGACUCGUCAAUGCACUCACUGUCUUCCCUCUCAGAAUUGACGCCACGCUCCUUAUAUCGGAAGUCGAGAAAAUCAAGGGACUAACUCAGUCAAAGUCGAGAAAACACACAACUGAGAAGUCAGCGCCAGAAUACAGCCUCCGCAUUGUCAUACACGGUCUUCGAUGUGACAAAGAGGCCAUCAGCAAUACCCUUUCGAACGCUAAUUUAUUCCUACAGCACCCGUAUGCAAGUGAAGUUCUACCCGAUGUCGAGUAUAAUAACCCCCAUUACCUGCUCCGGCCCGGCGCAGAAAUGCCGAAAGUCGAGGACCUGCACUUAGAGUUCGAGGACGACGUCUCCGUGCAAACUGGGUUGGAAGAAGAGUCAGAAAAUGAUCAUCUUCUACGUCUGUUGGAAACAGCCGAAGCCGAUGGUGGAGAGCUGACAGUUGUAGACACGUCACCAAGUCCGCGACUUCGCCAUCAGGUUGCAGCUCUCGCCUUUAUGCUGGAGAAGGAGCGUGGCUACGUUGACCUGCCAAUGUUCCCGCCUCUUUGGCGAUCGGAAUAUUUCAAAGACAGUCACACCUUGCGCCAUACAUGGCUGGCAGGCACAGAUAUCACAACAUAUCCACGAGGGCAAAGUGAGGGUGGCAAUCUACCACGGUCCCGGGAGAGGAAGUCUCUCUGCAAUUCCCUUGACGACUACGGCGCCUUGCUCAGUUUCGUGGGGAUAUAUCCAUUCCGGGAAAAGUCUAAAUUCUCAUCUUGGAUUGUGAAACCCGUGAAACAGAAAGACUUUUUUGGCGUUCAAAGUUUUCAGACCCUCGUUCGAGCGACAUGUCUUCGAAGGACAAAGCAAAAAGCCUUGUCCUCUGGAAAGCUAACACUCCCUCCGCGUUCUGAGAGGACACAAAUUGUUCGUCUACAUCCUGAUGAUCAAGCCUUGUAUGACCGUGUCACGAAAGCAACCCGAGAAAAGGCUUUGAAAUUGGACAAGCACCCACAAAAGGGCUCAUCGACGAAAGACAAGGAGAAUAAUAUUCUAGUCCUUCUCAACUUCCUGCGGCGUAUCUGCAACCACGAACAGCUUUUGCCUGCAUCGUUUAAAAAUAUGAUCGAGGAAGGCUCUUCUUCAAACAUUGAUCCUCAACUACAGCAAAUCUACCGCAGGGAGUGUUCCGCCUGCGGAGGGGAAAUUAACAGCAGCAGCUCCAUCAAAGCGACUCUAAACUCUUUGAGCAAGUUCACAAAGGAGCCGGGUCAGGUUUACAAUCAUUACUGGAUCGGGAUGCUUGGACUGAUCGAGCACGCACUUGAUAUGGCGGGUAUAGCCUUCCAGCGAAUUGAUGGACAGACCAGUCUUGAGGGACGGCGGAAAGCUUUGCUCGAUUUCAAUGGACGCCUUGACUGUACAGUAAUGCUGGCAAGUAUCGGUAGUGCCGCAGGAGGGAUAGACCUCACAGCCGCCAGUCUCGUGCAUCUGAUCGAACCCCACUGGAACCCCGUUGUGGAAGCGCAGGCGAUUGACCUUGUUCACCGCAUAGGGCAGACACAGGAGGUCACAGUCAUCCGAUAUAUCGUGCCCAAUUCUAUCGAAACAGCGUCGGAGAAAUGUUCCGAAUGGGUGGCUGCCAUGGGCAGCCAUGACCACCUUUCAUGA